GGUUUCAUUCAUCACCACCGCCAAACCAAACCUAACCAAACCAACCCCUUCCAAAUUCCAAUCCAAACCAAACGAACCUCUUUCCUAGGUUCCCGGAAUUCUUUCCUCAUUUUCUUUCUCUUUCUCUCCUCUCUGCACCGCUUUUCUCUCUUUCAUGGCCACCGUGGCGCGCGCGAUUCGCUGCGAGCUUAGAGUUCCGAGACCGGCUUCUCAGAGAAUAGAACCGGAAAUUCCAGUUCAGAUUCCAUUUCCCAAAGUCUCGUCGCCGGAAUCGGAGAACAAUAAGAUCAUGUUGCAGCCUCGCCUCUGCACUCUGAGGUCGUACGGCUCCGAUCGACUAACGGUGAUGAAGACGAAGAAGGACGGCGGAGAUGAAGCAGCAUCGCUGUUCUUCGCGACUCUGUCGGAGUACAUAGAGAACUCCAAAAAGAGCCAGGACUUCGAGAUCAUCUCUGGUCGAUUAGCCAUGAUAGUGUUUGCGGCGACAGUGACGGAGGAGAUCGUGACUGGGAAUUCGUUGUUCAGGAAGAUGGACAUAGAGGGGAUUGAGGAAGCUUUAGGGGCUUGUUUGGCGGCAGUGACUUGUGCUGCAAUUUUCGCGUGGUUCUCUAGUGCUCGGACCAGAGUUGGUAAGAUGUUCAGCGUUACGUGUAACUCUUUCAUUGAUACGCUUAUUGAUCAAAUUGUUGAUGGUUUGUUCUACGACACCAAAUUGGAUGACUGGUCCGAUGAUAAAUAAUGAAAUCGUGAAUAUCUUGACUAUAUAAAUCCAAGCGUUUUGUUGAAUCCGUAUAUUUUGAUAUUUAGAAACAAUUUAAAGUGAAAUGUAUUGUGUAAUUAUACAAAUGUAAUUUUGUAAUUUUGUCCUACAUAAAUUAAAAGAACUACGGCUAUUUUUGUGAUAGAUAAAAAAAUAAAAAAAUAAAUAAAAUAUAAAAUAAUAAAUAAAAAAAAUGUUCUUUAGUCUC